AUGAAGACUACUCCAAACAAGUUUCUCCUACUCCACUUGACACUCCUCUUCCUUUCUUCCAUCUACUUCUCCACAUCAAAUGCUGAUGAUGUUGAGUUCUCCUGCAACGCCAAUGACAAAGCCACCCUCCUCAAAAUCAGAGACCAUUUCGGCGGCCCCAACGGCCGCCUUUCCGAUUGGGACAACGGUACAGACUGUUGUAGCGACUGGAGCUUCGUCGGGUGUGGUAAACCCCUACCUGGCCGAAUCACCGUCGUCACCAUCAGCCGUGGCUGGGGUCUUUCCGGUACGCUACCAGCGGAGUUUGGCGACCUUCCAUAUCUUAACUUCCUCUCAUUGGCCGAAAUGCCCAAAGUAACUGGGCCAAUUCCUAACUCUUUCAGCAAACUCCAAAGACUACAAAAACUCGACCUUGGUUCCAACAGUCUUAGUGGGUCGAUCCCCACUUUCCUAGGCCAGUUGAAGGGCUUACAGGAGUUUGAUUUGUCUAACAAUAAGUUAACCGGUGUUAUUCCGGCGUCGUUCGGCUCCCUACCGUCUCUUUCCCAGUUUAACGUCAGCUUUAACCAACUGUGUGGUGCUAUCCCUACUGGAUUGAGCAAAUUUGCAAAGAGUUCGUUUGAUCAUAAUAAAUGCCUUUGUGGUGCUCCUUUAGCAGCUUGCUAG